AUGGCAGGAGCAUUAGAAAAUGCCAAAAAAAAUUUAGAAACAAUAAGAGAUGCUGAAAAAGAAAGUGAUUUUGGUUAUGUAUAUGGAGUUUCUGGACCUGUUGUGGUCGCAGAACAAAUGACAGGAUCAGCUAUGUAUGAAUUGGUUCGAGUAGGUCAUGAAGAGCUUGUUGGUGAGGUGAUUCGUAUAGAUGGUGAUAAAGCUACUAUUCAAGUUUACGAAGAAACUGCUGGAUUAACUGUUGGUGAUCCAGUAUUGAAGACAGGAAAACCUCUUUCAGUGGAAUUGGGUCCUGGAUUAAUGGCCAAUAUUUAUGAUGGAAUUCAACGACCACUUAGAUCUAUUCGUGAACUAUCUAAUAGUAUUUAUAUUCCACGUGGUAUUUCUACACCAGCAUUAGAUAAAAAAAUUUCAUGGGAUUUCGAACCUUCUAGUUUCAAAUGUGGUGAUCAUAUUACUGGUGGGGAUAUAUAUGGCAAAAUUUUUGAAAAUUCUCUAGUAAAUGAUCAUUAUAUUAUGCUACCACCAAAAUCACUUGGUACAAUCACACAUAUCGCAGAUAAGGGUAGUUAUACUUUAGAGGAUGUUGUACUUGAAACAGAAUUUGAAGAUCAAAAAUCAUCAUAUACAAUGUUACAACUUUGGCCUGUUAGAUCACCACGUCCUGUAACAGAAAAAUUGUCUGCAAAUUAUCCAUUGCUUACUGGUCAAAGAGUUUUAGAUUCACUUUUUCCUUGUGUGCAGGGUGGUACUACAGCUAUUCCAGGUGCCUUUGGAUGUGAACGUGGUAAUGAAAUGGCUGAAGUAUUAAUGGAUUUCCCAGAGCUGUCUAUUACUAUUGAUGGCCGUAAGGAAUCUAUAAUGAAGCGUACAACAUUAGUGGCCAAUACUUCAAAUAUGCCUGUAGCUGCUCGUGAAGCCUCUAUUUAUACUGGCAUUACAUUAUCUGAAUAUUUCCGUGAUCAAGGAAAAAAUGUAGCAAUGAUGGCUGAUUCAACUUCUAGAUGGGCUGAGGCUCUUCGUGAAAUAUCUGGUCGUCUAGCAGAAAUGCCUGCAGAUAGUGGAUAUCCUGCAUAUUUGGGUGCCAGAUUAGCUUCAUUUUAUGAACGUGCUGGUAAAGUAACAUGUCUUGGUAAUCCCAAACGUGAAGGAAGUGUUACAGUAGUGGGAGCUGUAUCUCCACCAGGUGGUGAUUUUUCAGAUCCUGUUACAGCAUCUACACUUAGUAUUGUUCAAGUAUUUUGGGGUUUAGAUAAAAAACUUGCACAAAGAAAACAUUUUCCAUCUGUUAAUUGGUCAUUGAGUUAUUCAAAAUAUCUUAAAGUUUUGGAUUCUUUUUAUGAAUCAACCGAACCUGAAUUCACCACUUUAAGAGAUAAAACUAAAGAAAUUCUUCAAAAGGAAGAAGAUCUUUCUGAAAUUAGUGCGCUCGGAGAAGCUGAUAAGAUUACUUUGGAAAUAGCAAGGAUUAUUAAAGAUGAUUUCUUACAACAAAAUGGAUAUUCUUCAUACGAUCGUUUUUGUCCAUUUUACAAGACGAAUUGGUUACUUAAAAACCUGAUUGGAUAUUAUACAGCAGCAACACAUGCUGUUGAAGUCACUAAUAAUGAAAUAACAUGGUCAAAAAUUAGAGAACAUACAGCAGAUAUUUUAUAUAAGCUUAGUUCUAUGAAAUUUGAAGAUCCUGCUGAUGGCGAAGAGGUUCUUAAGGAACGUUAUCAAAAACUUUAUAAUGAAAUUCAAGAAGAAUUUAGACAUUUGCUUGAAUAG